CCCUCCCGCUCCCUCUCCUUCCACCGCGUCGUUUCUCGAAGGUUGCCUCUGUCCUCAUCCUCAUCCGCACCCGCGCGAACACUAGAGCACAGAUGGCGUACAUUUCUCAGAACAUCCCGCUCUCGCUAUUUCCCACCGCACCUGCCGCCCCAAAUGCCUUCUGCCUCUUCGGACAGAACCCCAGGGACGCUUACGGGACUUACGAGGAGCUCAGGAGCGUCCUGCGGCCGUCGAACGGCCAGCAGACGCAGCACCGCCGUGCGAGCGUUGGCUCCACCGUGACUGAAGGGAUCAGGAAGCUCUUCUGCGGAGCAUAGAGCACAUCCGUCCACGUCGCGACCGCGACCGCGAAUGCACACAUCCACGUCAUCCAUCCCACAUUCUUCGCGACGAUGUCAACUCCGUGUAUAUCCCCAGUCCUAGCGCCCAUGCACUCUCUACCAUGUCAUGCCGUACUCAAGACCCAGCCCUGCGCAUCGACACUCCAUGUCCAGUCAAGUCAUAGGCGUACUCGCCCUUAUGCACCCUCCUCUCGUUUAGCAUCAGCAUCUCUUAUUCGCACCCGUUCCGCGCAGAGGACGUCGAGCCGCGUCAUCCAGCCUCCAUCUCCCCUCCAUCUCCACCGUGAGCGUGCGAAUCUCUUCGGACUCGUGUCGCACCAUAUUGCUUUGCCUAUAUCGUUUCACGUGGAUCAAAAAGAGUCCAUCUGUGGUCAGAGGAGGGGGGUAGAAGGAAACCGGGGACAAUGUCCAGAUGGACCCUUGUAGCAUAUCAUCUCUUAAAUUGUGACAUCGUUAUAAUCGAGUACCCGCGACGUCAGUCCUCGUCAGUU